AUUUGCGUGGACUACAGAUGAAAUGCUUGGCAUCCCGGCAGAAUUGACAGUCCAUAAGCUCAGCACAGAUCCCACCAGGAGGCCGGUGGCAGGCUUCAUCAGAAGAGUGGAGUACUCUGAAUGGGUGUCCAACCCUGUGCUCGUCAAAAAGCCAAAUGGCAAGUGGAGGAUGUGUAUUGACUUCACCAACCUCAAUGAUGCAUGCCCAAAAGACCCUCAUCCCUUGCCAAAUGUCGAGAAGUUAGUAGAGCGGGCAGCAGGACACGAGCGGAUGAGCUUCCUGGAUGCCAGUUCGGGUUAUCAUCAGGUCCAGCUGUUGCUAGACGACCAGGAGAAAACAGCUUUUUACGCUGGUGAUGCGAUCUACUGCUAUGUCAUGAUGCCGUUUGGCCUCAAAAAUGCUGGAGCAACAUACCAGAAGCUGGAUCACAUUGAUGACCUGGACGAAACAUUUCGAAAUUUGCGUCGAGCUCAAAUGAAACUGAAUCCCUUGAAAUGCACGUUUGCUGUGGAAUCAAGGAAAUUCCUAGGGUACGUGGUAUCCAAGAAAGGAAUCGAAGUAAACCCAGAGAAGGUUGAGGCCGUUCAGCAGAUGGAACCGCCAAGGACUGUCAAAGACGUGCAGCGUUUGACAGGCCGUGUUGCUGCGCUGCACAGGUUUAUAGCCAGGUCGGCAGAAAGAUGCCUCCUGUUCUUCAAGGCCCUGCGAGAGCCCAAGAACUUUCAAUGGACCGAUGCGUGUCAGCAGGCUUUUGACGAGCUCAAACUAUACUUGGCAUCAGCGCCCUUGCUAUCCAAGCCAGUGGAGGGGGAAAGCUUAUAUCUGUAUUUAGGGGUCACAGCAGAGGCGAUUAGCUCGGUCUUACUCAGGGAAGAGAACAAGAAUCAGAAACCUAUCUGCUACGUAAGCAAAGUCUUACAAGGCGCCGAGCAGAAUUACCCAGUAGCAGAGAAGGCUGCUUUUGCCUUGGUUUACACAGCUCGUAAGUUGAGAGCUUACUUCCAAUCCCAUCAGAUUGUGGUCUAUACCGAUCUACCAUUGAGAAAAAUAUUGCAGAAACCUGAACUCUCUGGUCGGCUUAUUGGGUGGAGCGUCGAGCUGAGUGAAUAUGAUCUGAAAUUUCAGCCACGCACAACCGUAAAGGGCCAGGCCAUUGCAGACUUUCUGGUAGAAUGCAUCCCAGCAGCUGUGGAAGAAAAGGCACCUGAACACCAUUCUGGGUUUUGUAUGUGGAUGGAGCUGUUAAUGUCGAAGGAUCAGGUCUUCAGCGACUCUCAGCUCGUUGUCCGCCAAGUGAGUGGCAGUUGCGACAUCAGGGAUCCCCAGCUCAGUCGUUAUGCCUUCGUGGUUAAUAGAUUGAAGUCAAGGUUCGCUUCAUUUCAGAUCGACAAAAUACCACGGGCUGAUAACCACCGAGCGGACGAACUGUCAAAGUUGGCCUCCUCGCAGGACAUCAACCCUCAAAGGUCAACAAUCGUCGAGGUGCUUGACGCACCAAGCUACACUGAUUUCACAGUCGACUGUCAAUUACUUAGUACAGAUCCCUCUACACCGAGCUGGACCACCCCACUCAUAAAUUAUCUACAAAGUGGCGACCUGCCUGAAGACCUGUCCGCUGCGAAGUUGAUUAAGCGAAGGGCAGCACAUUUCACCUUGUUAGAUAACCAGCUCUACAAACGAGCAGCCUCAACGCCCCUGUUACGCUGCCUUACUCCGUACGAAGCUGAAUACGCUGUGAGAGAAGUUCACGAAGGAGUAUGUGGCACGCACAUUGGUGGCAAAACUUUAGCUCGGAAACUGCUGAGGCACGAUUAUUACUGGCCCACUAUGGUCGAAGACGCACAGAAUUAUGUUAGAAAGUGCCCGACCUGCCAGUUCAAUGCUGAUGAUAUUCAUAUGCCAGGUAUCCGAGCUCGUUCUACAGUUUAUGCUAACCUAGUGACUGUUUAUGAACUGAGCAUAAAUACCUUCCUUGAAACAGGGGAAAUGCUAUCAUCUCUUACGUCUCCCUGGCCUUUCGCUCAAUGGGGCGUCGACCUGCUCCGCCCAUUCGUCAAAGGCAAAGGAGGCUGCACUUUCCUGGUCGUUGCGGUGGAUUACUUCACCAAGUUCGGCAUACCUAAGCGGAUUAUCGCCGAUAAUGGGCCACAGUUCCGAGCCGCAGCACUGAGAUCGUUUUGUAACGACUAUGGCAUCGAGCUCACAUUGACAUCCGUGUAUACUCCACAAUCCAACGGGCAAGCCGAGUCCACCAAUAAAAUCGUCUUGCGAGGCCUCAAGACACGUGUUAUAGCAGCACACUCUAAUUGGGUUGACGAGCUCAACAAAGUACUCUGGUCUUGUCGCACCACACCAAGCUCGGCCACGGGCGAAACCCCUUUCAGCCUGGCCUAUGGAGCUGAAGCCGUCAUCCCAGUAGAGGUGGGAUUGCCAUCCGAUCGAGCAGGCCGGCAUGACGAUCUCAACAAUGAGCAACUUUUGAGAGAAAACCUGGACUUCGUGGAAGAGGUCAGGGAGAUGUCUAGAAUAAGAAACGUGGCACAUCAAAACCGUGUUGCAAAAUUUUACAAUAAAAGGGUUCGGGCUCGCCAGUUUCAGGUUGGCGAUCUGGUUCUACGCAAGGCUGGGUUAACUAACACUCAUUCGCACAUGGGCAAGCUCGCUCCUAAUUGGGAAGGUCCCUACAUGGUGAUUCGGGUUAAGCGACCUGGCUCUUACGUGUUAGCAGAUAUACACGGGCAUCAGUUACCUUACCUUUGGAAUGUACAGAAUCUUAGGAAGUUUUAUAGUUAAUGUGUGUUAUGUUAUUCCGCUUGAAGUACUAUCCAUCAGUUGUAAACAAACAAUAUACCGAAAAUACAACA